GGGUUCAGUAAAUCAUGCAUUCGAUGCUAUCCCCCAAGUGAAUAAAGGAACAAUAUCCUCUGCAGUCUCCACAAAUUCUCAGUUCCUUACGUUGCUGCCGCUGAUGGAGAAGGGGAGGAACGUGGUUGUGUCCGCUCUUCAGUUUGUUUGCACCGACGAUGUCUCAACGAAUGUUGCCACCGCCGAGAGGUCACGAGGGUCUGCAAGUUUAUGAGUUGCCCUGGUCAAAAGAUUUCAUAUUCAUCGCCGAAUAUCGCUCGCAUUCAAAAGAAACAUUAGAAUGGUUUUGCAUAUGACAACUUUCUUUUGGUUGGAGCACACAGACAACCUUGACUGUGAUUAAAUCAAUACUUGUUCUCUGCUGCUUGGGAAAUAACUGUUAUGUUUGUGUAAAUAGCUGGUUCUUGUUUUAAUUAUCGAGCAAACUUUCAUUUUAAUCCCUUGGAUGGUAAGCGACAGUCACUUUAGCCCCUACUUUUACAAAAUUCCCACUUUAAUCCCUAACUUUCCAAAACAGCAUUUACUUUAUUCCUUUUCUUGUGCAAAAUGACAAGGGAAAAUGAAGCAGAAAAGAGCUAAAAUGGAUGAUUUUUUACAAAGUAAAAGACUAAAGUGAAUUAUAAGGUCAGGGAUUAAAGUAAAUGACACUUACAAACUAAAACAAGGGUUUGCCCAUAAAUUAUCUUUAUAUGUGCUUUAAAAUUGUACUGUUCAUUGUUUGAACUUACUUUAGAUCAGCGGUUAAGGUUUCUAUCCUACCAUAUUCUCAAAUGCUCAACUUUAUUCUUGCUGGCUGCUGCUAGCCAUGGUGCAGGAUAGGAACGUGUUUCUUGGUAGACCUUUUGUUUUAUGAUGUAUAAGGUCAAUUCAAUUGUCUUCUGGAUUCUGUUUUUGCUUCUAACUGAAACUUUUUGAGCUUCACAUUUAUGUUCCUAAUUUUUGUCUAAGUGAAUAAGAGAUAAUUUAUAGACUAAUCAAUGACAGAAAUAAAAUUUAUAUGCAUGUUAUGUGAUGCUUUUGGCUCUUAUACAGGCUAAUUAGAGCUGCACAUAAACAGGGUGCAAACAUCAUUCUCAUUCAGGAACUCUUUGAAGGUUAUUACUUCUGUCAGGCACAAAGAGGGGAUUUCAUUCAAAGAGCUAAGCCAUAUAAGGGCCAUCCUACAAUUCUGAGGAUGCAGGAACUUGCAAAAGAGUUAGGUGUAGUCAUACCAGUUAGCUUCUUUGAGGAGGCAAACAAUGCGCAUUAUAAUUCAAUAGCCAUAAUUGAUGCUGAUGGAACUGAUCUCGGGAUUUAUAGAAAGUCCCACAUUCCAGAUGGACCAGGUUAUGAGGAAAAGUUCUAUUUUAAUUUAGGUGACACUGGAUUUAAGGUUUUCCAGACUAAAUUUGCUAAAAUUGGAGUUGCUAUUUGCUGGGAUCAGUGGUUUCCUGAGGCAGCCCGAGCAAUGGUGCUUCAAGGUGCUGAGAUUUUAUUUUAUCCUACUGCUAUUGGAUCUGAACCUCAUGAUCAAAGCAUUGAUUCUCGUGACCAUUGGAAACGAGUAAUGCAAGGACAUGCUGGGGCCAAUUUGGUACCUCUUGUGGCUUCAAAUAGGAUAGGAAAGGAGAUAAUAGAGACUGAGCAUGGAAAAAGUGAGAUAACAUUUUAUGGAAACUCCUUCAUAGCAGGACCUACUGGAGAAAUUGUUUCAAUAGCUGAUGAUAAAGAGGAAGCUGUUCUAAUUGCUCAAUUUGAUAUGGACAAGAUCAAAUCCAUGAGAAACUGUUGGGGGGUAUUCCGUGAUAGGCGUCCAGAUCUAUAUAAGGUGCUUUUAACAUUAGAUGGCAAAAGUCUCAUCCUGUGAUACAUAAACAUUUUACUUUAUAACUGCUUUACAAUGGUGCCUGGGAUGCUUUAAGCCUUUACAAGCUUCCACAGCUUUUAUCACACCAAGAAGGCAAGAACAAGGGAGAAUACAAAAUGUCAUCUUCUAAUUCCAUUCAAUUCAAUAAAUGUGUGGAAUUAAAGAUCAAGAGCAAAUUAAUUUGCUGUUCUUUAGUACACUUUAAACAUAAAUUAUUCAUUUGAAUCGUUCCACACCAUGUAUGAACUUUUGAAAGUUU